CAAGGGGUGCACCUGUGGCACAGACUUGUGCCGUGUGAGCACUAAGGGAUAAAAGCAACUAUCACUAUUACAGAAAUUGUCUGAUUCUAAAUUCUGGCCUUUUAUCCACAGCUCGUACAUCCCUUUGGAAGUGUGGGGUGAAUUAGCUGGCACUCACUGACGGCAGAUGACAAAAUACUUAAUUAAUGCUUUUACUUGACCACAUCGAGGAAAACUCAAUUUUGGUGACAUACACAAAUAGAAUAUAAAUGUACAGAACAUGUCAUGAUCACAGAAAAGCCACAUUUACAAGCAGCACAUGCACGGAAAGAGGAAGGCAGCAAAUAAAUGCGUGUGAGGCAGGUGGAUUAGAGGACAACAUUCAGACUCUAUUCAUCUGCAGUCUAUGGGACGUGUCUCACACCCCCAAAUGGUAUGUGAACAUAUGCUUGGUGAACAUCACAACCUGCGGGUAGGAUGCUAUACUGAAUAAGAAUGAUGCAGUGGCUCUAAUUACUGUAAUUUUGCCUGGCUGUAAUUACUGAUCUAUUGCUUCCACCCUUUUUGCUUUUAAGAGAAACAUUAGAACUCCCUCCUCCACUGGAGUCCCCAAAAUGUGUCAAAGAGGCUGACAUGAAAAGGUUUUUAAAGAAAAAAAGAAAAACAAAAGUGUGAAAACCUCUUAGGGGAUUUGCUGCUCUAUUGACAGUGGAUCGUCCCUUUGGGAGAUGACUUGCAGCUGCAGGAAGUUGCAUGGAUGCUGAUGCUCCCUUAUUGAUCGUGACAAGGACCUUCUUCUUCUUUGUCUGCUGAGAGGCGAGAUCAUGCCUCACAGAUGGCGUGGUGGUGACGGACUGGCUCGCAUACAGACGUGUCGGUCUCACUUGGUUUCUUUUUACUGCUGCAGCAUUCAAAUCACCAUGUCCUCUAGAUCUAUAACUAUAGUGACCCCUGAAGGGAACACAGUGCUCAUCAACAAUGAGACGAGAUUGCACGGCUCUCAGCUUCUCUCAAAGCAUAAACCCCAUCUGGAGGAGAACACGGAGUCUGGCAUCGGCUCAACCCUCAACCUCAGCAGCAGCUUUGAGGGUCAUGACCGACUCACCAAUCACCACUCAAACAAGCUGAAUUCACUCCCAGAGUCUGACACACUCCACACCGAGAAAGACAGCUCUGAUCAGACCAAAACAGCGACUUCAAACCAGAUCACGCAGCUCCUCAUCCGCCUGUCCAAGAUACCUGUCGUCUUUGUCCUCCUCUUCCUCUUUGUUUGUUCCCUGGACACGCUGAGCUCUGCCUUCCAGUUAGCAGGAGGUAAAGUAGCAGGGAGCAUUUUCCAGGACAAUGCGGUGCUGUCUAACCCUGUGGCAGGCCUGGUGGUUGGGAUCUUAGUUACUGUGCUGGUUCAGAGCUCAUCGACCUCCACCUCUAUUGUCGUCAGCCUGGUGGCCUCUGGAUUAUUAGACGUGAGGUCGGCCGUUCCAGUCAUUAUGGGGUCCAACAUUGGGACGUCAGUCACAAACACCAUAGUGGCCAUGAUGCAAGCGGCGGAGAGGACCGAGUUCCAGCGUGCGUUUGCCGGUGCGACGAUCCACGACUGCUUUAACUGGUUGUCCGUCCUGGUGCUGUUGCCGCUGGAGGUGGUGAGCGGGGUCAUGACCCGUCUGUCCCACCUGCUGGUCACCAGCUUCCAGCUACAGCCUGGUGAGGAUGCGCCUGAGCUGCUCAAGGUCAUCACGGAGCCAGUCACUGGGCUCAUUAUACAGCUGGACACAUGUGUGAUCAUGGGAAUUGCCAUGGGAAAUGAGGACAUGAGGAACAGGAGUCUGGUGAAAGAAUGGUGCCAGUCUGAUGUUGUUAAGAACGUGAGCACAGAAUACUGUGACCUUGCACAUUACUUGUCCCAGUCAUCUGUGAAGUGUCAGCAUUUAUUUGCUUCCACCUCACUGUCAGACCUGACGGUGGGGCUGAUCCUCCUCACAGCCUCCCUGGUUGUCCUCUGCACCUGUCUGCUGCUUCUGGUCAAGCUGCUCAACUCUCUUCUCAAAGGCCAUGUCGCAAAGACCAUACAUCAAGUCAUCAACAUGGACCUGCCUUAUCCCUUUGGGUGGCUGGCGGGAUACAUGGCUAUGUUUGUGGGUGCAGGAGUGACAUUUGUGGUCCAGAGCAGCUCUGUCUUCACCUCAGCCAUGACUCCCCUCGUAGGUGUUGGCGUGAUCAGUUUGGAGCGGGCCUAUCCUCUCACACUCGGAUCCAACAUUGGCACCACUGCCACGGCGCUGCUGGCGGCACUGGCCAGUCCUGGCAAAAAGCUGGCUGCGGCCUUACAGAUCGCUCUGUGUCACUUCUUCUUCAACGUCUUUGGCAUUCUGCUGUGGUACCCUCUCCCCUUCAUGCGACUGCCAAUAAGAAUGGCUCGUGUCUUGGGUAACCGCACUGCCAAGUACCGCUGGUUUGCAGUCUUGUACCUACUCCUUUGCUUCUUGCUCCUUCCCUCCCUGGUGAUGGGUCUCUCGCUGGCCGGCUGGCGGGUGAUGGCUGGCGUUGGGACUCCCUUCCUGGGCGUGACGAUUUUUAUCGCCAUGGUGAAUAUGUUGCAGAACCACAGCCCCCGACACUUGCCCUCCGUGCUGCAGAGUUGGGACUUCCUGCCUCAGUGGAUGCACUCUCUCAAACCACUCGACCACCUGAUCACCACAGCAACUGUCCGCUGCAGCUUUACAUGCAAAGCGAGGCAGCGAGAGGAGGAUGAGGAGCAUAUUUCACCUCAGACAACAUCUGCCACCUCGGGGAAGGAGUCCCCCCAGGUGAAGACACAGCUGGCAUAUGACAACCCAGUCCUGGACUACCUGGAUAAAAGUAGACCAAGUGCACAGGUUUUCAAACUGAAAGGGUUAGAGAGGUGCAACAGCACGCCACUGUAGUUGGACUAAUAAAGGAGGCUUCCUUUUUUUAGUCUAUUCUAUUCUGAUAACACCGUGGGGAAAGGGCAAGAAAAAAGCCAUUUUAUUAUACUUAAAUCAACUCAUUUCUAAUUAUUGAUCGGCUGAUCAUUUGAGAUUGUGCCGUGAAGCUGCGGGCUCAGUGCUACGCGCUCAGUGUGAGAUUUUAUACUCAGACAACAUUAGCAGACAAAUCAAAUUAACUCUGCAGCUGGAAGCCAGACUAAAGAACAUGUGGUUCUAAUGCUCAGAAACAAAGUCAGGAAAUGAUUGGUGCCUGCAGGGAAAUUACACUUUGUUACUGUUGCUUAAUGCAAAGUUAAGUAAACAUAAGUAAAAGUAUAAAAUUAAAAACAACUCUACCGUACGUGAUAUACUCAGUAAGUGAACAGAAGAGCGGGAACUUAAUGUGCAAAAUCCAGUGUUACUCGUCAAAAGCCUCAGGAGAUCAGGGUGAAGUUCACAGCUGCAGACUCUGGAGUCUUGCACGAACAAAGUGGAUGAUGACAUAUUUUGCUUAUAUUGAUGAUGUGACUUGUGCGGGCAAUUCUUUUUGUGGAGCUUUUCAUCAUAUCACAUGAUCUCCAUAAGCACAUCUAUGGAUUGCUGUAUGGAUUUCACAGAGUUGUAGAUGUUGACAUUUUACUGAGCAUGUGAAGGACUUUUAAUUUAUCUUCCUGGGCAAACACCAUCUGUUGAUGAAGAGCCUCUACAAAAUUGACCUUUAUGAGUUUUUAUUUUGGUCAACUCUCUUUAUGACUGUUUAAAAUGACCUUGAUUAAAAAAAAAUGUCCAAAAAAAAGUUGAUUUGAACACAACACAUUUUAUACAGGAAUUGAGAGGAACAUAAUUUGUGCUGCAUUUUUACUUUAGUUGGACACACAUUAAAUUUGGAUGAGAAACACUGA